AUGAACGACUAUUUAAAAGGUCCCUUAGCUGUAGGCCUUGGCAGUUCCUCGCUAGGGAGAACAAAUGAUAGUAAUACAUUUGAACUUCCAGAGAUGUCAGAAGUGGAAAAAGUGGACUUCACAUAUUCUGAUGCUGACAAGUAUGAGUCUGAGAUAGCAGAAUUGUAUAGUUACACAGAAGAGCCAGAGUUUGGUUCAAACCAAGCCUGCUUUGAGGAACUGGCCAAAGCACAUGGUUUUGAAAAAUGGACAGCAUUGUCAAGAGAGGACCAAAUCAAGUUUAUUGUAAGCCUGCAGGAUGACCUGGAGGUGACUGAAAGGGAGAGAAGAGUUAAAGCUAUCCAGGCUCUACUUUAUCUUGUACAAGGUGUCUAUGGUGAAUGCAAAUCUCAAGACCACAUGUUUGAAGUUAGCAGACACAGUGUACUUCUGUAUUUGGAUCUAGGUCUCUACACCUGUCUUGUCCAGCUGCUUGCAAUGGAAGUUGAAAAUAGCACAUCAGCUUUGAUGGCAUUGAGGAAACCAGCAGUGUCCAUUACCGACAGCAGAGAAUUGAGGUUUCUGUUGAAUAUUUUAUACAUUAUGGUGGAGACAGUGCGUACAUGUGAUGUUGGGAAAGACAUCAAUGAUCCAUUCAUUCAGAAGUUUCAGGAAGCCAGGGAGCUCUUUAAAGAUGAUUUAGUGCAACCUGUGUUUGGGGAGGAUCCACUUUCUGUGCUACUGUUUGGCAUGGUGACCAGGUUCUGCAGUGGCAGUGCACCACAUUACCCGAUGAAGAAAGUUCUAUUGCUGUUAUGGAAAGUUAUUUUGCUAACACUUGGUGGUCUGAGAGAGCUGGAGAAAAGAAAAAAUGAAGUUCGCCAGAAACAUGGGCUGACACCUCUCACUGAAGACUUGUACACUGUUUGUGAGACCAUGAGACCAGCAUCACCACCAGCGUCUGCUGCAGAUCUGAUUGAGCACCAGGUUCCCAGACGAGGGAUGCGUGCAGGCAAAAGGAGUUUGGUCAAACAGAGCAGCCUGGACGACUCGUUUGAGGCAGGUCUUGCCAGGGAUGAAGACGAUGACCUGAUGGAUGGUUUGAAGUCCAGCAGUGAUGAUGAGUUAUCGCCUACUCCUCCCCGCCCUGCCACCCCUACAGUUUCUCAUCGUAGUCUGCCAUGGAAGCCAAAAGUUCGGCAGAAAGACUUGGAGAACUUUCUUGACCACACACGGCAAAAGUUUGUUGGAUUUGAGGUGAGGAAUGAUCACAACUCAUUAGCUGGUCUGCCACAGCCCAUUCACGAAGGUGUCAAAGUACUGAAACAGCACCUGUACAUAUCUCUGUCUGAAAUUCAAAUCAAACGGGAGGAGGAGAUUGCCAAGAAUCCUUUAUCCCUGCCCGAGGCGGAUGUUGAGAAUACACCAGCUGAAAAACUCUAUAGUGCCAUGCUGCCUAAUUUACCACAGUACAUGAUUGCUCUACUGAAGCUGUUGUUGGCAGCAGCACCCACCUCCAAAACUAAAACAGAAUCAAUCAACAUCUUGUCUGAUGUACUGCCCGAUGAGAUGCCAACCACAGUCCUUCAGUCCAUGAAGCUUGGAAUAGACGUCAACAGACAUAAGGAGAUCAUCGUGAAGGCAAUAUCAGGGCUACUUUUGCUGUUGCUGAAACAUUUCAAGUUAAACCAUAUUUACCAGUUUGAGUUCACUAGCCAACACUUGGUGUUUGCCAAUUGCAUUCCAUUGGUACUCAAGUUCUUCAACCAGGACAUUGUUGCUUAUGUGAAUGCCAAAAACAGUAUUCCAGCUUUGGACUUUCCGGAAAAUGUAUUGAGCGACCAGCCAGAACUUACUGCCGAAAACAUUGAAAGUGGAGAUAGCCAGCCGCACUGUUGGAGAAAUAUUUUCUCUUGUAUAAACUUGUUGCGAAUUUUGAACAAGCUCACCAAGUGGAAACACUCACGAACAAUGAUGUUGGUGGUUUUCAAGUCAGCUCCUAUUUUAAAAAGAGCUCUAAAGGUGAGGCAUCCCAUGAUGCAGCUGUACAUCCUGAAGCUGCUAAAGAUGCAAACAAAAUACCUAGGCCGGCAGUGGCGCAAGUCAAACAUGAAGACCAUGUCAGCCAUUUACCAGAAAGUCAGGCACCGUCUGGGAGAUGAUUGGGCAUAUGGAAAUGAUAUGGAUGCAAGGCCAUGGGACUUCCAAGCAGAAGAAUGUGCCUUGAGAGCUUGUGUAGACAGAUUUAACAAUCGCCGCUAUACCAACGGAGGUGGCUUGGAGCCAGAGUUCCGGCCGGUAGACAACAACAUUCUCAGUCUGCUGGGGCAGAACAUUGAGCUGAGCCCAGAAUUUAAGAACAAUUAUGAGCGCUGGCUGCAUUUAGAAGUGUUCUCUCGCCAAAUUGAUUGGGACCAGGUCAUGCUACGAUAA